AUGGCAGCGCUCGUGUUGACAACAACGGAUCUGCCAGGCAUGGCAGUGCUGCGUUUCAUACAACAGUGGUUUCGGCAAUCACUUUUCGACGGAGGCGCUCCCGCGGGUACACUGCCUGCAGGGGAGAACAACCCCAAGAGAUGCCCCUACGGCCUGUACGCGGAGCAAAUAUCGGGCACAGCCUUCACGGCGCCUCGCGCGAGAAACAGGAGAACACGGUGCUACAGGAUCCGCCCCUCCGUUUUACACCGACCUUUCCAGUCCGUCGCUGCGGACCCUUUCGAGAAUGAUUUCAAAUCCAUGAACAACGACCCGUCGCAGAUGCGUUGGUUACCACUCCCCAUUCCUUCGAGACAACAAGAUAUAUAUGCGGGUGGACUUCAUCGAGGGCAUUCAACAAUGAGCGGGGUGGGUGACCCGGCGGCAAAGGGCGGGCUUGGGAUCUACCUUUUCGCGAUGAACUCGGACAUGGGCGACAAAGUAGAUGGGUAUCCUGCUGGUAGUCCCAGUGCAAUUCUGGUGAUCCCCCGCGGUGUGAAAUUUAGCGUGGAUCGCGGGAUCGGCGAGUUGGGCGCACGCGGCUACGUGCUGGAGACUUUCGAAGGGCACUUCCUGUUGCCUGAACUGGGACCCAUCGGCUCCAAUGGGUUGGCCAACCCACGCGACUUUGAAUCACCGUUUGGCGGGAAACUCUUCUCUUCUGCCGUGGACCACUCCCCGUUCGGCGUGGUGGCCUUGCACGGCAACAUGACGCCUUACAAGUACGACCUGCGGAAGUUCAUCUGCAUCAACUCCGUUUCAAAGGACCACCCGGACCCGUCCAUCUACACCGUUCUGACGUGCCCGUCCGCGGCAACCCCCGGCGUGGCCGUCGUCGACUUCGUCGUGUUCCCGCCACGCUGGAUGGUGGCGGAAGGCACCUUUCGGCCACCGUGGUAUCACCGGAACACCAUGGCGGAGUUCAUGGGCAUGGUAUGGGAAAAGUAUGACGCGAAAGAAGGUUUCUUACCGGGGGGCUCUAGCCUUCAUCCUUACAUGAGCGCGCAUGGACCUGACGCCGCAACUUUUGUUGGGGCCUCGGACGAAAAGCUGCUUGUGAAUCGCCUGACUGAAUGGAGCAGGCCUCUUCCUGUGAAGUUUGACAAGGGACUCGCGUUUAUGUUCGAGACGAAUUCCCAACCGAAGUUGACAGUGUCCGCGACCGAGGGGAAACACCGCGACCGGGGAUACCUCGAAUGCUGGCGUCACUUGCCCAAGAACUUCACCCCAUAUGCCCCAGAGAAACCGUUCAUGGCUUUCGAGGUCGGGGAAUGUACAGUAGGGCUAAAGUUGUCAUCAAUUUUGGAUUUUCUUUUUCUUCGCGAGGGAGGGUGCCAAGAAUAG